AUGAAGCAGAGCAUCCUGUCCACGCUCGCUCUGGCGUCCAUCGCCGCAACGGAGUAUUACGAUGAGAUUGAGGAUCACCUCUCUCUUCAGUCCGGAUACCUUCGCAGAGGUUUCAUCAAUGGCGUCAUUACCUGUGGCUUCGGCACGAGCAUCCCAGGCCGUCAGAACUCUGCUGAAUGGAUCCGCGCCGCUUUCCAUGACAUGGCCACGCACGAUGCCGCCGCCGGCACUGGUGGUUUGGAUGCUUCCAUCUUCUUCGAGCUGGAUCGCCCAGAAAACAUCGGAGGCGCCUUUAACAACACCUUUGGAUUCUUCAGCAGCUUCCACUCCAUUCGCGCCUCUGCCUCUGAUCUCUUGGCAAUGAGUGUCCUCGUCGCCAGCUUUUCUUGCGGCGGAAUCCAAAUCCCGUUCCGUGCCGGCCGUAUCGACGCUCAAGAGGCCGGCUCUGCUGGUGUCCCCGAACCUCAGACCGAUCUCAACACUACUCAGGAAGCUUUCACCAAGGCAGGCUUCUCGCAAAGCGACAUGAUCGCCAUGGUGGCGUGCGGUCACACUCUGGGAGGAGUGCACAGCAUGGACUUCCCCGAGAUCGUCGGCGUGGAGGCGGACCCGAACAACGACACCGUAGCCCACUUCGAUACCGAAUUCGCUAACUUCGACAACGUCGUCGUGACCGAAUACCUGGAUGGUACAACCAAGAACCCUCUGAUUGUUGGAACGAAUGACACCCUCAACUCAGACAAGCGCAUAUUCGCCGCAGACGGAAACAAGACGAUGCAAGCCAUGGCCGACCCCGCUGCUUUCCAGACCGCCUGUGCCGACAUCUUCACUCGCAUGAUUGACACCGUUCCCGCCAACGUCAAGCUCAGCGAUCCCAUUGUGGCCACAGACAUCAAGCCCUACAUCAGCGGCCUCUUCCUCAAGGACGACGGCAACCUGUCCUUCGGCGGA